AUGAAAUCGAAUAGGAAAAAUCUUCAAUUUAAAAAAAAAAAAAAAUUUGAACUUAAAUAAAAACUAAAAGAUGAUUCUAAUUGGAAUACUCUUUUUUUAAAUCCUAAUUCAAUUCUAGAAACUAUUUCAAAACGUUAUGAUCUAAAAAAAAGUGAUAUACUUUCUCCUUAAGCAUAGGGUAGUUUAGCAGUUAGAGUUGCUAACGCUGAAGCAUAAGUAAUUGCUGAAACAAAGGAAUGGAUGGAAAAGUAAGAAGGAUUAUGUUUAGAUUUCUUAGAUAAUGAUAGAAGGACUAAUGAAAGAUCUAAAAAUAUUAUUUUAGUAAAAAAUCUGCCUUUUAAAAUUCAAGAAGAUGGAUUAAGUGAACUUUUUGAAAGAUUUGGAUUCGUAACAAGAUUAUUGAUAAGCCCUAACAGGUCUAUAGGUAUUGUUUAGUUUGAAAGUGAAGAACAUGCAUAGAAUGCAUUUGAGAAAUUAUCUUAUUUUUCAUUAAAAAACUGUCCUUUAUAUUUAGAAUGGGCUCCGAUAGGAUUAUUAAAAACUGAAGAGGUUGAAAAACAUUAAAAAAUAUAAGAAGAAAUUGAUGAUGAGCUUGCGAGAGUUGUAUAUAUAAAAAAUUUGGACUUUUCGGUUUAGGAAACUGAGCUUAAAGAAUUUUUUGAAAAAUAAAAUUUAGGAGAAAUAAAAGCUGUGAAAAUUAUUAAAAAAAAUAAUAAUAGCCAAGGUUAUGGGUUUGUUGAAUAUAAGAAUAGCUCAGCAGUUUAAGAAUGUAUAAAAAGACUAUAAAAUUCACUGUUUUAGGGAAGAUGUCUACAUUUAAGUGUAUCAAAAGGAAAAUAAUAAUAGGAAGAUAAUAAAGGAAAAUAAAAAAAAGGAAAAAAUAAUAAUAUUCCUAUUUCAAAUAAAAUUGUUAUUAGAAAUUUGGCUUUUGAAACUGAUAAAAAAGAAGUUAGAGAAUUAAUAAAAGGAUUUGGAGAAGUUAAGAGUGUUAGAUUACCUAAAAAAAUGAAUGGUUAACAUAGAGGGUUUGCUUUUGUGGAAUUUACUACUACUUAAGAAGCUAAAAAUGCAUUCACUGCAUUGGAAAAUACACAUUUUUAUGGGAGAAAACUUGUUAUAGAAUGGGCAAAGUUAGAAUGA